AGAACUUUACUUAUUACUUGUUUGUAGGUUGUCAGCAUCAUGCUUCUCACCAGGAAGUUCAGUAUCCAAACAAUGCAAAAACUCACCUAAAACAACAGCAAAGAGGCCAAGAGCUGAAGGUUGACACUGGAAUCUGGACAUCAGUCAGACAAGAAAGAGCAACUGGGGCCGUCGGAAAUCUUAGGAGAAACUACCAGAUAAAAGAAUCUCUAAAUCGAAAGGAAAACAAAGUUGUCCUCGACUCUGACGAGGAAACUGAUGAAGGUUUUUCCUGCUUGCUUAUCGGAAAGGGAGAAG